AUGAGGAAUAAUAGCAAUAGCAAUGAGAAUAAUUCUGGUUCUUCUAAUUCUACAGAACCAAAUCCAGUUUCACGGCCUAUUACAGAGCAUGGUGAAUCUGGACAUAAUGGAUUACACUCAGAUUUAAAUCCAAAUUUUUUAGAGGUAAUUCUGAGACAAUUUAAUCAAAUGAAAGAUGAUGUAGUUGCACGUUUUGACUACAUGAGUGAUGAGAUGAAACAACUUAAAGAAAACCAAAAUCUGGUUCAUCGAGUCAUUGUUGCAAAUGGUAAAGAUAGACACUUAAAUCAGCCAAACGUAGGAGCAAAUAAUGACUUUGUCGGUGGAGUGGGUUCAGGAGUGAAUAGUAAUCCUUUAUUUGAGAAUUUCCAAAAUAUGGAAGUUCCUUUAGGAUUAGUAAACGUCCCUUUUACUGAGAAUUCCCCAAGAAUGGAAAACAUCCUUCAUUUGAUUAACCCACCAAGAACAGAAAAUGUUCCUCAUAUUGAAAAUUAUCACAGAAAUGAGAAUAAUGAUCAUGUGACUAUGAAUGUUCCAAUAAGAACAGAAAAUGUUCUUCGAGGAAAUAACCAUCGCAUGAGAAACAAUCAUCACAAUGGAGUUCCUCAAAGGAAUAAUAAUAACUCAGGAGUAGAAAUCCCUUUAGAUGACAUUGAUUUCCCUAGGAAUGAUGGAAACCCAGAAUUAUUUAUGGAUAAUGGGUUUGACAAUGGUCAAGAGAAUGAACUUGGGCAUGAAAUGGCUCAAUUUCAGCAAUAUCCAAGAAGGGAUAAUGCUACUAGAAAUAGAGCAAAUCCUAGAUUUGCACAGUGA